AUGAAGUUCCUCAUCACUCUCCUAGGCCUGUUGGCCGUCAUGCUGGCGUUUGCCGAUGCAAAGCCCAAGUACAGUGCAGCUGACCGGGCGUACUCUUGCAGGACCCAGCACCACGGGUUCUACAAAGCCAUCACCAAGUUCUGCAACAACGACGGCAUCGUCAUUUCCAGUGGGUAUGGCGACCAAGGCAAGAACAACAACGGGCAUCUCGUCCAAAUCACCGGGAACUGCUUUCCCGCGCAAUGGGUACCCAAGGGGAUCUGUCAGUGGCAGUUCUACACCAUGUGUGCCACGUCGAACAAAGGUGGCGCGAAGCGUAAGAGGUUUGGGCACGGCAAGUGCCAACAUUGGAGUUUGUUCAAAUUCCAAUAG